CGGAGCGGCAGGUCGGUGCGGGCACGGCCCCGCGGGGCAGCAGCAGCGACGCCGCCGUCCGGCCCCGCAGCGACUGCGCCCGGCUCGGGAACAAGGCGGCGACGCCGGGCGGGACGCAGCACGAUCUCCACAGCCGCCAGCAGCGCGGUCCCCGCAGUGCCGCCAUGCCGCCGCCCGCUGCUCCGCCCCGUCCCUCCCCGCCGCCCGCCCCUUCCGGCCCCGGGCAGCCGCCGCCAUGGAGCCCGCCCCGCGCUUCUCCUUCGGGGUUAUCGCGGACGUCCAGUACGCGGACGCGGAUGAUGGCCACGAUUUCUGGGGCUGCCAGCGGCGGUACUACCGGCACAGCCUCCGCCUGCUGCGGGCCGCCGUGGACGCUUGGGCCGCCGAGCGGCCGCCGCCCGCCUUCGUGCUGCAGCUGGGCGACUGCAUCGACGGCGUCAACGCGCGGAGCGGCGCGGCCGAGGCGGAGGCGGCGCUGGGGCGGGUGUUGGAGGCGCUGGGGCGGCUGCGGGUGCCGGUGCACCACGCCUGGGGCAACCACGAGCUGUACAACUUCAGCCGGGCCCGCCUGGCACAGAGCGGCCUCCGCAGCCGCCCGCCGCCCUCCGCCGGCCCGCCCGCCGCGCCGCCCGGGGACUGCCAGGCCUACCACUUCUGCCCGGCGCCGCGCUUCCGCUUCGUGCUGUUGGACGGCUACGAGCUGAGCCCGCUGGGCCGGGACGCCGACAGCCCCCAGCACCGGGCGGCACUGCGGCUGCUGAGGGAGAAGAACCACAACGCGGAGCUCAACAGCCCCGCAGGACUUGAAGAACCGCGGUUUGUAUUAUUCAAUGGAGGAUUCAGCCAAGCCCAGCUGGACUGGUUCAAUGACGUACUCAAGUUCUCCGAUGAAAACCAAGAAAAAGUUGUCGUUAUGGGUCAUCAGCCCAUCCACCCAGAUGCUUCAAAUGAAGUUUGCCUAGCCUGGAAUUACAGAGAUGCCCUUUCUGUCAUACACUCUCAUCAGUGUGUGGUCUGCUUUCUUGCAGGGCACCUGCACCAUGGUGCCUAUUGUUUAGACUCGCAUGGUGUUCAUCAUUUGACUUUGGAGGGGGUUAUUGAAACUCCACCCGAAAGCAAUGCCUUUGGAACUGUUUAUGUCUAUGAUGAUAAAAUGGUAUUAAAGGGAAGGGGCAGAAUUUCAGACAGAGUGAUGUGCUUCUGAAAAUGCUGAGCAGAUGUCUAAUUGCAAACUUUUCUUCUUUGGAAGUACUCAGACUAAGUAGUAUGGGAUCCAGCACGUUCUUUGUUUGUAGAAAGAUCUACAUGGCUGAUCCUUACAGUUUUAACUCUCAUGUUUCUCUCUCUCAGACGCAGAACUCUAAAAAUCAUGUUUCUGUAAGGAAAAAGACUCAACUACUUCUUGGAGAAUAGAGAAGGCCAGUAACCGUGUUUGAAGAAUGCAAAAUGUUGACUUAACCAGGCAGUCUUGAACAGAUUGUUAUUUAUUGUGAAAAACAACCAUCAGACAAAAAUCCUAGUUGGUAGUUUUGUUUUUAUGGGCAUAUUUGUCAGAUUUAAAGCAUUCAAAGUUGUACCUGCCCAGAAGUAGCUACAUACAUCUAGCCGGAAAGUCUAACCUGUAGCCUAAAGCAGUCUUCUGAACUCUGCUUUAAAAGACUCGAGUCAUUUUGGUAAAAAAAAAGCAAAGCCAAUGAAAAUGGGCAUUGUCUGUGCUACAUCAGAGCACAGUGCUGAGAGGACCAGGCUUUAAAUUAAAAUGAAGGCAGGAAAACUGGCAUCUUCUAAUGCCACAGAUGCAGCAGGUGGGAUACAUGUGUGCCUGACCUGCAGCAGCACUGAGGGAACAAGCUCUAACUUGGGAUGACUUGAAGUGUGUUGCUGUGCUGCAUCUGGAUCCAUGCUGUCUCUCACAGCCUGAGUAGUCAUUCACCUGUGCUUCCUUCUCCACUAGUGGUGAUGAUGAAGCAUGCUCACUGUCUCUGGGCUGCUGUAUAGGUUCUGCUUUCCAGGAGCAGACAUUCUGGGAGAAGCAAGUUGUAAUAGUGACCAUGUCUGCUGGCGGCACUCUGAGCAUGCUUUUUGCAGAAAAUAAAGAAGCUUUCACUGGA